UUAUGGAUGAUCCCCCUGGUGUGUUCAACACAGUCUAUGGAGUGUGCACUCUUGGAGAUGUUGAUGAAUGCAUGUUGGACCAAAACAAAAUGAACACGUCGGAUAAGGAAUUUAUCGUGCAGAGUUAUCAUUGAUGCUGGAUAUUGUUUGAGGGGAUUGCAAAAAUUCUGCCCCGUGAAUCAAGAUAUAAUUAACAGGAUUGAACACUUCAUUGAAUAUUUACUGGAGCUAGUCAGUACAUGCCCUGUUGAAGACAAGCGGAAAUGUGAAAAGAACUUGCAGACUUGCAUGGAAAAUUACGGUCGGAAUAUUUCUACGAGAGAAAACGAUGGAAUGAAUAUGGAGUCAAUAUGCAGAGAACUACCAAACGCAAUAGCCUGUGUAGAGGGGGCAGCACACUCCUGUAAGAAGGAAUUUGAGCAGAAGAUGUACAACAGGACUAUCUCAUCGUUACGCAUUCUUCUAGAACCUUGCAACAUUACAGAUGGUCCUUUAACGACAGCUUUGUCAACAUCAGAUUCCGCUGUUUGCACUCUUCAUGAUUUGUAUACAUGCGUAACAAAUCUGUCGCAGAUGAAUCACCAGACUGUUUACCAAGAU